AUGAAGGGUCAGGAUGAAGCGAGUAGCAUUGACGGAUUUUCUUCCGAUGAGGAAAAUGAUACUCCAUUAAUUAAAUCUAAAAAAAUGAUGCAGAGAGAUUAUUUCGAGGACAACGAGAGCGAUGAUGAGAGUGAUCAUGAAGAUGAUGAGAAGAUGCUGGAGCAGAAAGAAGCUCAGGAACAACCCUGGCCUAACGCUGAAGAACAUCAAAUAGCGACUGAAGGACUGGAAACCAAGGUGAUUGGAAAGGAUCACAACGAAGACUUGAAGUUGCAAAAGCUAAAGAAUCUAAAAAAGCUCAGAGCCGAAACAAGGAAUAAGCAUAAAACAGGUGUCGUUUACCUCUCUAAAAUACCUCCGUAUAUGAAACCUGCUAAAAUGAGGCAGGUGUUGUCCAGAUUUGGUGUCCUAGAUAGAUUAUUCCUCAAAAAAGAAGACGACCAAAAAUAUAAGAACAGAGUAAAGGGUGGUGGUAACAAGAAGACCAUGUUCGAGGAGGGGUGGGCAGAGUUCCUAAGAAAAAAGGACGCAAAACUAUGUGCUUCUACUCUCAAUGGGAACAUUAUCGGAGGCAGAAAAGGGAACUUUUAUCAUGACGACAUCAUGAACGUGAAGUACCUGUCGGGCUUCAAAUGGGCUGAUCUGACUGAACAAAUAGCCAAAGAAAAUGAUAUCAAACAAGCAAAACUUCAACUUGAAAUUUCACAAGCGAAUAAGCUGAAUGCUGAGUUCAUUAGGAAUGUGGAAAAAAGUAAGAUGAUCAAUAAGGUUAAAGCUAAAAGAAAACUAGAAGAGACCACUAAUGAAGAAGAAGAUCUUCAAAGAACAUUCAAACAGCGCAAUGUUACUACUAACCGUGCCUCAGGUCAGAAGGAGCUGAAGCAGCAGGUAUCGAAGGACUUAGAUACCGUCAUACAUAAUUUGUUCUGA